AGACUUAGAAACCUUUUCCUUUUGCAAAAAGUCUCAAAAUCCAUGACCAUGUCGUUUAUCUAUCGCGCGGCAUGCGACCUUCGACAUGUAGCCGGUCACAAGUUAUUGUUUGUUUUGCUGUCGCAUAAUAUGCAACCGGCGAUUGGUCGCAAGUCGCAGAUUAUUGUUCGUUUUGAUGUUGCGCGAUCCAUAGCAGAUUCCGAUUCAAAUUGCUCGAAAAAAACAGCAAUUAAAAGAAUUUGAUCACGCAACUGAUCGCAAGUCACACGACACGUAAACAAACAUAAUUUUAAUCGCAGAUCAUAUGUUUAAUCGCAAGUCGCAGAUAGAGUGAAACGUAAACAAACGUAAUCUUAGUCGAGAGGUCGCAUGAACGGCUUAAUAAUAUAGGGUAAGCUAAAACGCUGUCGUUUCACUAAGCUCUGUAAUAUUGUGCAAAUGUCUUAAACCCCCCACCAGUAACCGGUGGUUCGGUAGUGAAGAAACCUCCCGACGAAACAAAUGGCAGCGUUAAGCCACCGCCUACGUAGUAACUUCACGCGCCGCUUCUCCUCAACGCGAAACACUCAAAGAAGCGGCGGAUCCACCAAGGUACCAACACUCUACACUAGCCCCGAGAUCGCCUCGGACUCCACAACCCUCCAGCUCCUCUCGUGGGGACGAGGCGCGUCGGGUCAACUCGGCGGCGGGAUCGAGGAGAUUCGAAUGUACCCGUCUCCGGUCGCUAACCUUCUCCUUCGCCCCGAUCAAUCCUUCUCCCUCGCACAAACGCCCGGAAGAAUCGAUAAUGGGUCGGGUUUUCGGGUUGGAGUCUCUUCCGGGCUGUUCCACUCGGGUUUAACAGUCGAUGGAGAUCUGUGGGUUUGGGGAAAAGGAGACGGAGGGAGGCUAGGGUUCGGGCAAGAGGACUCUGUCUUCGUCCCCAAGCUAAACCCGCGUUUCGAGGAGCGUUCGAUUCGCUGUGUCGCUCUCGGUGGUUUACAUUCUGUGGCUUUAACACAUAAAGGAGAUGUCUUUACUUGGGGUUAUGGCGGUUUUGGUGCGCUUGGUCAUUCUGUUUAUACUAGAGAACUUGUCCCUCGGCGUGUUGAAGGCUCUUGGGAUUGCAAAAUCUCUGCCAUUGCAACCAGUGGAACUCAUACGGCUGCUAUUACCGAAUCAGGGGAGCUAUAUAUGUGGGGUAGAGAGGAAGGAGACGGUAGGCUAGGACUCGGGCCAGGCCGAGGACCAAACGAAGGUGGUGGGCUUAGUGUUCCUUCAAAGGUCAAAGCUUUGUCAGUUCCUGUAGCUUCAGUCUCAUGUGGUGGUUUCUUCACAAUGGCGCUAACACAAGAGGGACAGCUAUGGAACUGGGGAGCAAACUCAAAUUAUGAGCUCGGACGCGGUGAUAACCUGGGAGGUUGGGAGCCAAUGCCAGUACCCAGUUUAGAAGGCGUUCGUAUAACUCAGAUUGCAUGUGGUGGAUAUCACUCUCUUGCAUUAACUGAGGAAGGUAAAGUACUCUCGUGGGGACACGGUGGCCACGGCCAGUUAGGUAAUGCUUCGCUACGGAACCAGCAAGUACCUACAGAAAUCGAAGCAUUAGCAGACAAAAAGAUCGUCUUCAUAGCUUGUGGAGGCUCCUCUUCUGCAGCGAUAACAGAUGGAGGUGAACUCUGGAUGUGGGGAAACGCUAAAGAUUUCCAGUUAGGAGUUCCGGGACUCCCUGAGAUCCAAACUUCUCCGGUCCAAGUCAACUUCUUAACCGAAGAAGAUGAGCUUGGUCCGCACAAGGUUAUCUCAGUUUCCAUCGGUGCUUCUCAUGCUCUGUGUUUGGUCUCAAGAUCACAUUAAUAAACAACAACUUUGAUAUUGAGUAUGUGUCUCAGUGUCUGAGGGUAAUGAUUAUACAAAUAAAUGAACAAGAUCUUUCUUUACAUAUCA